CGACGCGACCUGCAGCACAUACACACGUCGCCGCGCGCCUCAGUGUUGAACGUACGUUGAAGCGAGCGAGCGGUUGUGUACUGGGUCAGUCUGCGUGAAGUAGAGUCAGUCGUCGUCGCGCCACACACAAUCACACUACUGUGCAGCACUACGUUAUAUACGUAAUCCCGUGCUGUGCAGCGAAUAGGCGCAGUCUCUCGAAUGUGAGGAAGGAAUCCGACUAUAGCUGCACGCACCAUCCCCGUCUCCUCGUCGCGGCCGAGCUAUCUCGUACCUAUAUACAGAGGAGCCGUUACGAAAGUGCCGGGACGACGACGAUGAUCUGAGAGAGAAGCGCGAGCUGCUUAGCAAGCCCGUCCUUGCUGUGCGUGUGCUCCUCGGCCCAUCAUGACCGUCGACUUUGCCGAUUACUUUUGGGGUGAAAAGAAUAAUGGAUUUGACGUGCUCUACCAUAAUAUGAAACAUGGAGUUGUGGCGAGCAAGGAAUUGGCAGACUUCCUGCGCGAGCGCUCGGCCAUCGAGGAGAACAACUACAAGCUUCUCAGCAAGGUAGCCAAGCAGGCGAGCAACAGCAACAGCACCCAAGGAACUUUUGCACCUCUCUGGGCUGCACUCAGAGGUGCAGCUGAGAAGCUCGCCGGAUUGCACCUGCAGCUGGCUCAAAGAGUGUCUGAGCUCAUCAAGGAUGUAGCAAAGUAUUCUGAUGAGCUUCACAAGAAACACAAAGCGGUGAAAGAAGAGGAAUCCUCAACACUAGAAGUUGUCCAAAGUAUUCAAAGUAUUACAAUAACUCUCCAAAAAACCAAGGAUACCUGUUUGCAGAGGGGACUUGAAUUAGAAAAAUUAAGGAAGGAUAAUGCAAGCCAGAGGGAAUUGGAAAAGGCUGAAAUCAAGUUUAAAAAGGCACAAGAUGAUUACAAGAAUUUGGUCGACAAGUACACGGCUAUACGAAACGAUUUUGAGACCAAGAUGACACAGGCGUGCAGGCGAUUCCAAGAUGUUGAAGAGACCCAUUUGAGGAGUAUGAAGGAAUUCUUAAACACCUAUGCGGAUGUCCUUCAGUCGAAUCAUGAACAAGUUGGACAGGUGCAUAUAGACUUUAAGCGACAGUGUCUUGAUAUGACGGUUGACAAGUUAUUGGAACAAUUUGUUCAAAGUAAAUAUACGGGAUUUGAGAAACCAGAGGUGAUUGAAUACGAAGAGGUAUUAACAAGCUUAGCCGAGAUGACUAGCCAAACGGGUCAAGAGAAGAAUUCCGAAGCCCCCAAAGAAAUUUCUAAAGGAGCGAACGGAGAAACUGGUGUUGCGGGUAACUCACAGGCAUUAAAAAAAAUUCAAGGGGGUAAAAGGGAGGGUUUUUAUACCACUGGCAGGGAUAAGUCAAAGUUGCACGAUAAGGAAAAGGAAAAGCCGAGCGAGCGAGAAAAUGAGUGUGUUCAGGCCCAACAAACUAAAGCCUCACGUCGUACCACUUCGUUGCUCAACCUUUUCAUGUCCAACUCCCAGGAGAGGCAAAGACAAGCAGGCUCUGGUUCAGCUCCUGUCACUCCUCAGGAAAAUUUGUCUCCUGCCGUUCCGACUCCCAGUAUCUCCAGGAACCCUCUCAGAGGAUCUAAAUUGGUAGCAAAUUUCGUAAUGCCGCCGCUCUGCACUCUAUUAGAAAACCAAGGGUUCCUGCGAAGUCGGCGCGAGAAGAGGAAGGAGAAGAAGGCGAAGAAGAAAAAGGACUCGGUAGAGACGGCCAGCAACAAAGAAGACAAGUCUGACCCAGAGGACAAGGAUCAGGAUAGUCGAAAAUCGGGGACUCCGACGCCAGAAGUGGACGAGGAUGGCUUCUGUAUCAAGCCAAAAACGGAUCCCUGGGAGAACGAGAAGGGCUUCUACUCGAGCUCGGACACGGAUUCGGACGACGAGAGGGAGAGGAAAAUACGGGUGGAAAUCAAGCCGCUGAGCAACGGAGGUGCGCCCAUGAGCGCAAGCGUCGAUGAGCUCAGGGCGACUGUUGAGAAUCUGUCGUUGUCACCUGCUCCCACGGGUCGGAGAGGCUCAAGCACAGAUUCGGAUCACCACAUGAAGAGGUCACAGUCUGUCUCCCAGCAACUGGGUGUCAAACCAAGUUCAGAUCUGCUGAACCUCUUUAAUCCGAGCAGCACACCGUCGAGCGCCUCGACGCCUACGGGCAGUCAUCCGUAUGCUCCGCUGCAGAGUCCACCGGGACUCUCAUCUUCGCCAAUACCCACGAUGCCUCCGCCGCCCCAGUCGGCUCCACCGCUACCGCGAUUCCCUGAGGGAGAUCUAUUUUCCGAACUUAACGAUGUAACGCCGGCACUGCCGCCGAAACAGUCGGCUACUCCGACGGGCUCCUCCAUCGCGAUCCCCCGACCUCCCUCGCGAAGAGGUGAUGCCAUCACGAGGGGACGAAUGUCGCCGGCCACGAUAUCCCGGGCGGACAGCGUUGCCAGCCUCGAGUUCCGCACGGCCGGCGUCGGGGUAGGUUCCUCGAGGGGCCCGUCACCUUUGACUAUUGGUCUGGCCGACACGAUACCGCUGGCUGUCGCUUUUCACGAGAUUAUUCACUCCUAUUUUCGAGGCAGCGACGAGGCGCGCUGCCAGGUCAAGCUUUGUGGCGACAUGAUGCUUUCCUUUCCCGCCGGUAUUGUUGCGGUAUUUGCAACUAAUCCUAAUCCGGCGAAACUCACUUUCAGACUGAAAAACAGCAAUAGACUCGAAAGAUUGGUUCCCAAUAAUACGCUGAUUAGCAUGGACGUUACUCAAGCGACUGCUGACAGUACACUUUUUGAAUUCAACAUGAGUGCCUUAACCGCAUUGUUGCGACGACAAGCUGAACAGAAUCCGGCCGCCUCGUAUUUUAACGUUGAUAUUCUUAAGUACCAAAUUAAAAAUAAAGAGGGCGCGGGUUCCUGUCCUUUCCAAAUAGUUGCAUACUGGAAGUGCAAUCCAACACAUACGGAUUUGAAGGUUGACUAUAAAUACAAUAGUAGGGCGAUGGCGAGCCCUACUCCGUUGCUGAAUGUUCAAGUUUCGGUACCGAUAGACGGCGGAUUUAAAACUGUCCAAAGCAAACCUAAUGCACAGUGGCUGCCAGACACAAACCGGCUACUGUGGAAGUUUACCGAGCUGUCACAACACACCGAAGGAGCUGGUGUCGGGUCCCUAAGAGCUCGCGUUGAGCUCUCCCGCGGUCCGGGAAACCAGGGGACGAUUUUCACUCAAUUCAACUGCGAAGGGACCACUCUAUCCGGCGUCGAGUUCGAAUUAGGCGGUCCUGGUUAUCGAGUUAGCUUGACCAAAAAGAGAUUUGCAUCUGGAAAGUAUCUUUGCGACGGAGAUGUUGACGUACGAACUCGCUACGCUGCGCCACCAUCGAAUGUUGAAUAAGUUCACUCGAGUUCCGAAUAGACUUGUACAUAAUUUUUCAUAUUAAAAUUCUUUUACUAUUAUAAGAGAUUUCUAAUUGACUAUGCCAUGUCCGUAUAAGCAGUUUCAUUUCAACGAAGCAACCGACGAUAUUAUUUGCAAACGAUUUUCUACAUCAAGUCUUCUUGACUAAUUCCAACUUCAGGAAACUUCCUUGUUAUAACAUAAAGCCGCGUUUGUCUUUUAACAAAUAUCAGAUAUAAUGGUCCUUACAGAUCAACUUGUAGAUAUGGACUGAAAUCACAAAGGUCUUGAAGAAAGGACCUUAAAUUUUUUGUAAAAAUGUAUAUUAUGCAAAAAAAUAAAUUUUUUAUAUCCUUUGAAUGAAAAACGUUAAAAGUUUUUUUUUUAUUCUCAUUAUGUUAUUCAGUAUGACUGAAUAGAAUGCAUUACGUUUGUAUGAAUAUAUUUAACUGAAAGUGCCUGUCAGUGUUGUUAUGUAACCAAAUUAAAGAAGAAAUCAAAAACUUACCAAUACAUACAAAAUACUGAAACAAAAAGUAAAUAAAAUUCAGUGAAAUAACUACAAAUUCAUUUGAAUACAUGUUUAUAAAGCUUUGUUGUUACUGUAGAAUAAAGAAUUAUUUUGUAAGAACGCUGGAACUAAUAUAAAUUGUUAUGCUAUAAUUUGUAAAAAAAAAUUUUAUACUUGAGCAAGUGUUUUUAGGUAAAAAUUAAAAAAUAUACUUUGUUAAUAACAAAAAUAUCUUAAAUUAUCACAUAAACGAACCAUCAAUCAUAAGAUGAACAUAACAGAAAUUUGAUUGUACUGGAAAUUUAAUAAAUCAACUUAUUUUGCAUGCCAAUUCAGUCAUUUUUUAAAUAUUUUAUUGUAGUAACUUAUUUUCUAUUUUCCUGUAUAUUGAAUGGUUUAUUUUCACUCUUAGAAUUAUAUUUUACGUUGUUGGAUUAUCAAACAUGAAUCCUUUCAUAUGAAUUAGCAUAAUAAAAUUAGACAUCUUUUUAUUUGUAAUUUGUAAUUUAAUUUACGUACAUUAUGUGUAAAACCAAAGAAUUUUUAGAUUCAAAAACAAAUGUAUUUUUUGUGGAAAUAAAAGCCAUUAUAAGAGAAAAUGCAUUUCUUUUUAUUUAAUCGAUGUGUAUCCUUCUUAUAUAUAUGACAUUAUACAUAAAUGUUGUUCACAUUACACCUGUGCACCUCCUGUGAAAGAUGAGCAAAAAGUUUUCUUCUCAACCUUUUUUUCAUAUGAGAUUGUUGAUAAAUACAAAAUUAUUACAACGAAGAAUUUCAACAGUUUUCAACAAAAAUAUGAGAAUACAUCCAAUACAUUUCUGCAUUCCUGACUUCCUCACUGAUCUUCAUUCCGAAAAAGUACAUCUGUACACACAGAAUUAUAAAAAAGGGACACAUACAACAAUAACAUGUGCGCAAUUCAAAAGCACGAAAAAUAAUUUUAUAUUUAUACCGUUUGAUACUUUUACUCUUUCAUAGGACAGUGUUUGCAUAUGCUUAAGAGAAGGGCUAGUCAGAAAAAAGAAACGCUCCCGUUUAUUAUAUUCAUACUAUUGUAAAUACGCAUUUAAUUUUAAAAAAGGCAAAAAUAUAAUAGAUAAGGUAGACGCGUUAUAUUGUCUACAUGCUCACACUCUUGAUAGAGAGAAUCACAGUUACAGACCAGAGGUGUUGAUAGUUGAAAAAGUUAUGCUGUAUCGAAAACCUUAGGCAUUGAAAUCGACUUAUUAAACUCCUUUUUAUAAUAAAUUUCAACGCCAAAAUAAAUGCAGAAGCAUAAACUAGGUAUGUAUUUAACAUUGCAUUAUGCGCAUUUAUAAAGUUAAUAUCAAGUAUUUAUACCAACAUAUACAGAGAAAAAUGUACAAAUAAGGAACCCGCUGACUAAAAAAUCUUAUUCAUUCAUGAUAAGCACGCUGAAAAUCCAUAUCAUGUAUUUAUAUUUAUGAUUAUAAAUUAAUAGCAUCGUUUUUAGGAGAAAUAAUGAUACAUUACUACGACUUCA